AUGUUAGCGAUUCAAUCCGUCAAUUCUGGAGGAAUUCCAGACAAACUAUGGCAACCAAAUUUUGCGACUUUUGAAACAACCAUGGGGGAAAUAACAAUCGAGCUAUACUGGAAACAUGCUCCAAAUACGUGCAGAAACUUUGCUGAGCUAACUCGAAGAGGCUACUACAAUGGAACGCAGAUGCACCGAAUAAUACGGGAUUUCAUGAUUCAAGGAGGCGAUCCUACUGGCACCGGUCGUGGUGGCCAGUCAAUAUAUGGAGCUACAUUUCCCGAUGAGUUUCAUGGCGACCUGAAACACACGGGUGCGGGAAUAAUUUCAAUGGCCAACUCCGGUCCCGAUACGAACGGAUCGCAGUUUUUCAUCACCCUCGGUCCCGCACAGUGGCUAGAUGGAAAGCAUACUAUUUUCGGGCGUGUGCACACAGGAAUGCAGGUAGUCAAGCGAAUAGGGCUUGUGGAAACGGAUAAAAAUGACCGCCCAUUGGAAGCCGUCAAAAUAGUGAAAGGAAAAGUUGAAAAAUAUUAACAAGCUGAAUAGCAU